CCGUCUUGAAGCAGAAUUCCAGUUAGAGAAAGCAAGUUACAUUCACUUCAUUGAUCUUGGAAAUUUUGGCAGCAGCACAGUUGAAAUCCAAGUAAGUAGAUCAUCUUUUGGAGAACAUGGAGAGUAUAUUAGCUUUCUACCAGCUGUAACCUUGCUGUCUUUGGCUAAGGUAAAGGAAGGCGAAGAACGACAUGCUGUCUAUAUGUUCAAUGAAUAUAAUUUCAACAAAGCUGCACUUAAAGAAAAAUGGGACCGAAUCAAAGUAGUGUGUUGCCAGCCUUUCAACAAAAAAUUUCAGUUUGGACUUAGAUUCCUAAGUCUACGAAAUAAAACAUCAUCUUUGAAAUCAGCGGCACCUGAAGAUGCUUCAUCUGGUGAUCAAAAUGAAAACCUGAAAGAUAACAAUGAUGAGAAAUCUGCAUUAGUCGAUCAGCCACCUGUUGGCCAGAAUGAUGAGAAAUCUGCAUUAGUCCAUCAGCCACCUGUUAUCUACUUAAGACAAGACAUUGAAAAAAAGCCCAAGAGAGAGAUGAAUGAGAAACCAGUGAAGAUAAUUAUGUCAACACCAUUUUUGAUGGAAGCGGUCAGCUUCUUAAUUGCUUGUCAGACUGAGUUGGAUGAUGAAACUGUUACAGAUUACAUCAAGGAGUUCCAAUCCCAAAGAGGUCAAAAACUGUCGCAUUCUCAAACAAAAGCAUUUGUUAAAUUGUAUUUCAAAAUGUUUCAUGAAAAUUAUACUAUAAUGUUACGCAACCCGGCUGAUCGUUCUGGAAAAUCUGAAAUAAGUUUUGAAGUAACCAAAGAUAAAGGUGUAAAGCGUCAGAAAACAAGCCAAGAAACAGGUGAAACAAAAAGCUUACUGGACAGAAACAAUAAUUCUGACAAGCCUUUUCAAGGACAAAGUACAUGUACUGUAUCUUCAUAUCUGCAGAGCCAAAACUCUGAAUGUUCUGAGUUAGCAGCUGAAGGAAUAGCUGCAUAUUCCAGGCCACAGGAGUUCACUCAGUAUGAUGGUGCUGUUGCUUCAACAUCCAAGAAUGUAUAUGAGCCUAAGGACUUUAUACAACAUGAUGGGGCCAUUCCAUCAACAUCUAAAACCAUGCCUGAAGAUUUUAAUCAAUUUGAUGGAGCCACUCCUUCCACUUCAGGAGGAAUAACAUAUGUUGAAUGCCCUAUAUGCACAGAAGCAUACCCUAAUUUUGAAAUUGAAAUACAUGCGGCUACAUGUGGAGAUUUUCAACAGUAUUCCCUUGAUGAAGUGCAGAUCAUUAAGGAGCGUUUGGUUAAUGCCGUGGAACAAUCAGCUGUUGAACCAGAAGUAUUGAUUGUCGAAAACAAUAAUAUUACUACUACUACUGAAGCUAAAAUGUCUGUUUGUCCCAUUUGUGGUCUUUUGGUUAAAAAUGAGGAUCUGAAAAUGCACUAUGAUUUUUGUGUUUGUUUUCAUUAAUGGUGUAAUUAUGAUAUUUGUAUUGUAAAUGAAAGCUAAAGUUGUGAAAAAUAAAAUAUUGUGUUUAAUAUA